ACUAGUUCGUACUUAUUAGGUUUUGUUUAUUAAAUAGGAAGUCCAUGAAACGCAAGUUCCAUCCAUAGUUUAUUAUAGAUGUCAAUGUUUUCAGAACAAUAGGACGGCGGUGUUGAUAUCUGCUGUAGUUCCUUCGUUUAUAAACACUUAGUACGCAAGCGCUUUAGGUUCGCUACGAAGUGAGGCGCGUUUGUGGGAGUGUGCUCACUCCGCAACCCAAGAGCCAGGCAGAGUCUAGUCGCUAGCACUUGUUGGGGUAGGCGCUACGUGACUUGCCAAAGGCACGACAGUUCUAGUGGUUACACUUGGAAAACAAGUGAUCUUCAAGGAAUACUACAUAAUCUGAACUUUGUUGGCAUGAAUCGAGAUUUGUCCUGUGGCUCUUACUCCUCCCUGGACCUGGACAGGUCAGUGUAUCGCGGCACGACACUGCCAAAAAAGAAUAAUGGGAGAAUGAAGAGAAUGCUUCGUUUCGGAGGAAAAGCCCGGAGGAAACUUUACCCAUUCUUUAAUAAGAUAAUGAAUGAUCCUAUGGAAAAGAAAACACUUACAAAAGAGCAGACACCUGGGAUCAUGCCUUCAAUGAAUGCAGAGGAGACUGCACUCCUGGGUGUGGUGCCCUUGGACAACAUGGACGACAUUGAGCUAAAGAACAUCCAGCUGCAGUUUCCAAGCGGUUCGCGACGACUGAGCGGCGAAGUGCGCUGCGUGGAGACGCGCGUGCGCACCGACCGCGGCGACAUCGUCGUCGCCGUGCAGGGCGACCACACCAAGCCCGCCAUCCUCACCUACCACGACAUCGGCUUGAACCAUGUGUUCUUCCAACCGUUCUUCAACUUCGUGGACAUGCGAGCGCUGCUGGAGCACUUUUGCGUGUACCACGUGAACGCGCCAGGCCAGGAGGAGGGCGCCCCGGUGUUACCGCAAGACUACAUCUACCCUACGAUGGACGAGCUGGCUAACCAGAUUAACUACGUGAUGGGCCACUUCGGCUUCCGCACAUUUAUAGGGUUCGGCGUUGGCGCCGGCGCCAACAUCCUCGCCCGCUUCGCUCUUGCGCACCCGCAAAAGGUGGACGCCCUGACCCUGAUCAACUGCACGUCCGAGCAGGCGGGCUGGCUGGAGUGGAUGUCGCAGAAAAUGAACAGCCGCUCGCUGCGCGCACGCGGGCUCACACAGACCGUGCUCGACUACCUCAUGUGGCACCACCUCGGCAGGUACCCCGAGAGCCGCAACUACGACCUGGCGCAGGUGUACCGCAUGUACUUCUCGCGCCACCUGAACCCGACCAACCUGGUGCUCUUCAUGGAGUCCUACGCGCGCCGCACCGACCUCGGCAUCUCUCGCGAGGCCGAAACCAUCAGGGUGCCGGUGCUGAAUGUAACAGGCGCUCUGUCCCCGCACGUCGAUGACACGGUCAAGAUGAAUGGCCGCCUCAACCCGAACAACUCUACUUGGAUGAAGAUUUCGGACUGCGCUAUGGUACACGAGGAGCAACCUGCCAAGAUCUCGGAAGCUUUCCGUUUGUUUCUGCAAGGCGAGGGAUACGUGGCGCCGCUGUCGCCCACAAAGAUUGUCGCUUUUCGGCGGUUGUCUGACGUGGAACGCCGCCGUCCGUGCCGGCACUCGCCUGUCAUCCGGAUCACCGAGAACCCCAUCUCCGAGGCGGUGGUGUGCUAAGCUCACCAGCCACACGCUCGCCGGCGCCCGCACCCUGCCCCGCCACGCCGGGACGAAACUCUAUGCGGGCGUCUUCGUGCGGAUUUUCUGAGACGCGUGUAUACAGUGUGACCUUGAAAUCGUGUAAGAGCAACGAAAUAUGUUGCUGUGUAAUGUUAUAACGACCGGCUCUCAUAUCGAUAGUCAUAUACGCCAUACAUAAUAAACAUCAGAUUGUAAACACGAUUUCAAAUUCAUGCUGUAUUUUACCCAGUUAAUAUUUCUGUAGUACGCGAAAACGUGUUUGAUGCCCUCAUUAUGUGCGAAAAAGUAAAAUUCUAAAUGUUUAGUAAGCAUGAAGUGACACGUUUGUGAGUCUCAUUGUAGAUAACGUGAUACGUAUUAUUUGUGAUAAUCGCUGUUCACAUAUUAUUUUGAGCGAGCCAUACUGAAAAAGCAUUUGGUGAUGUGUUUAUUCCGUUAAUCGUCAUAGUCUACAUGUUGUUCUUAGAAGUACUUGAGAAGAAAUAGAAUCAUAUCAUAGAAAAGCCUUUCAUUAAUAAAAAACUUAACUUGUUCUUGCAUAAUUUGGGUACGACACGUGGCCGCGACACUGUCUAUCGGGCGAUAUAUUGUUAUGUUUUGUUUGUUAACUUUAUAGCUUUCUUAAACGUUUUAUUAUUGGUUUUGUUAAUUUCUCAUUUACAAUUAAGUGUAUCAAAAUUACAAUUUAGGAUUUGUUUUUUGUUCUCAUAUAUUUUUUUUAUAUAGAUGUAAGCAAAUAGUAUAGUAAUCUAAUUACAGAAAUCACAGUUAAUAAUUCAAAGUAUGCUGUUGUGUCACCCUUCCAAAGAUGUUGGUGUAUUCCUUUUCCGCUUCCGCGCUAUCAAAAGAUGGCACGUAGUAGAUUAAUGUUAGCAGUUUAAAAAUAUUUACAUAAAUAAUAGUGUACGAGUGUAAGUACCGAAACAUGUAACGGAACCAAAGAUUCUAUUGAAGUAAGUGUACAUAUCUUGAAAGGAGGGCACAGACUAGGUUUUAUCUGGAUAACUGGGGUAUGUAAUGAGGAGCUGUGACGUGAGCGGCGCGAGCGCCGUGAGCCGCGGGCGGACCGACACGCGAGUUGCACUCUUAUUAACGUGUAUUAUUGUACAAUUGUGUACAAUUUUAAGAGAAUUUUAUUAAAAAUCACUAAGUACAUGUAACACUCGAGCAUUUAAUAUAAAUAAAUGGGUGGUCUAUCAACGACACAUCACAGUAUUAUUUUUGAAAGUAUAACGUAUAAUUUGGCACGUAGUUCUAUUAUAAUAAAAUUAUAUUGGGCUGCGGUACGGUAGUCGCUGGGUGCUAUGCUAAGACCAAGAUAGUUUUUUUGAAAUUGAGGACAUAAUAUGAUGGUGAGACUUUAUGGAGAAGAAAUCUGAUUAAUAUCGGAACGUUGAUUUAAAUAAUUAUGACUGCGUUUAAUCAUGUUAUCAGUGGCCUACGUUACACUUUUAUUAUAAGUAUUGUGAUCAGUUUAAGUAAGUAAAGAAAAGCUUUGAAUCUCAAUAGUCAUAGUUGCCAUGAUUCAUUUAUCAGUAUUAUUCAGUACCUAUAUAAAUUUGUUUAUUUUAAGAACCUUUAUUUGUUGUGUUUAGGUAUAAGCGAAAUGUCACAGCUUUCUAGAACAAUAAAGUAAACAUAUUGCUUAUUGAGUGGCUAUCUAUUUUUCGUAUAAAUAUAGUUCGUAUGUUUACUGAAUGUAAGGGACUUACUGUGAGUAGUGGUCGCAAUUUGCACAAGAUCCUUUAAUUAUUACUAGUUACAAUUUUAUCGCUAACGGAUAGUGCCACGCAUAUAUCACAGUAGGGCCCUUAACAUCUAACUUAGUAUAGAUUGUCGAGCAUGCUUCAAUGUUGAGGGAACAUAUCUGCUUGGUGGCAUGGAAAGCACGAUCCUUUUACGGCACUGGCACGGCGCAUCAUCACCAUUUUAUACUAUAUAGUAUUAUAUUGUUUUUAAAUUAAUAGUGUCGAUUUCCAUGCCGCUGGGAGGAUUUACAAAUAAAAUACUAAUGUUGAUUUGAAAUUUGAUGGUUACGAUGUUGAAGAUUUCUCUUCGUAGCUAGAAUAGAAUUUGAUCUGUAGUUAGGUCUGAGUAGUAAAGAACAGUUCGUUACCCGCCUGAUCAUUUACUUGUGUGAUGCGAACGUUGACCGAACGCAUUACAUGUUUAACUAAUCAAGGUGCCGUAUGCUUUGUAGAAGUACAAUAGUAAAAAAAGAUUAAAUCAUAAUUUCUAGACUUGGAAUUUUAUCGAACCUGUUCUAUCGUUUUGUAUGGAUACUAUUGAGAUAAUCGAUAAGAUCUGGUCUUGUGUCUAUAUACAUAGAGCAUCACGGGCCUGUUGACCUGUUUGUCCUGUGGACGGGGGGAGUAGCCGAAGCGAUUUUGCCAAUACAUUUUUAUCUGACACUGCGGGAACGAUUCUGUGUCACACGACACGUCACUAAAAAAUAUUUUCGACGAUUCAGCAUGAAAUAAUCAUGGCCCUAAUCUACCUUAUCUCGUGUUUCUUAAAGUAUUUUUAAUGCAAAAAGAAAGUCAGCUGCCAACCUAGUGUUAGGUCGGGUGUACCUAUUACUGUUUCUCGUCUCUCCUAGGUACAUUCACUUUUUGGCGGUUAGUAGUUAGGUAGAAACCAUGUGGAUUAGAUCCAUUAUUUCAUGCUAAUUCGUAACAGAAACUAGGUUGUGUAACAAGUAGUGGUCGCAUAGUGUGCGGACAUAUAAAAACAAAAUAUUUUUCUGUUAAGUGACGAGUACUGGUACACUGUGGGAAUUACAACCGUACGUUUACAAGCUCGUAUCUUGUCCACACGGACUAAUACUGUGGCAGAGUGGAACUCUUGUGUUUGGCUACCCCCCUCCCGUGUUGCUCUAAGGUCUAAUAUUACUGCGUGUGUUUAAUAUAUGGGUCUAUUAAAAACUGAUUUUAUAAUA